AUGUUCUUUCUUUUUUUAUUUAUGUCUCAACUUCAAUUUUCCUUUCUAAAUUUCUUUUAUCUUGCUAUGACCUUUCUUUUUCUGUUUGUUCCUUUCUUCUUUCUUUCUUUCGUUUUUCUUUUAUCUCAUGAUAUCAUUCUUUUCUUCGUUGUAUUAUCUUUUCAUUCCUUUCUAUUUUUUCUAUUUCUAUUAUUUUUAUUACACAUGAUAUUUAUUUGCUGUCGCGUUGUUCCCUUUAUUCAACAAUUUCUUUUUUUUUUGUCAUUCCUUAUUUUUUUCUUUAUCUCGCAUUUCCUUCUUUCUGUUAGUUUUUCUUUUUUGUUGCUUCUUCUUUAUUUCUUUUUCAAAUUUCUUCCUUUCUUCAGAUGCAUUACAAUUGCUUCAUUCGUUUUAUUCAAUACUUUAAUCUUUUAUUUCUCAUUUUCAUUUCUCUUUCGGUUUUCUUUAUUUUUGUUUUCUUCGCCAUUUUCUUUUCUUGUCAUGUUUUCCACUCUAUCUCAUCCUUCCUCUCAUUCUCUCUCUUUGCAAUUAUUUAAUUUGUUCUUCUCUCCUUACGACUAUUUCCCAUCUCCUGUAGAAUAUUUUCAUUUUUCCUUUCGUUCAGUAAUGUCAACCCCAGUGAUCAUUAUCACUAGUGACGAUCCUUUAUCAAUGACUUCUAAUUAA